GGUCAGUUGUAUAACUACAAGCCUGAGAGAAGGUCGUGCUAUUUUCAAUAGAAUAUAUUUUAUUUGAAAAAUUUCAACGAAAAUAAGUGAGACUUUGAUAUUCUAUAACUUGAAAAGAAAGCAAAAAUGGAUGGUGGCAAUCUGGAUUUCUUACUUUUCUCGAAUGCCCCGAAUGGCGAUUUCGAUGGCUUUUGCGGCUUUAUCAGAAGGAUAACUUUGAUGGUGUACAUGGGAUUGGACAAUGUGCUGAAUAGACAGGAGACGCGUUACGAUACAACACUGGUAAUUGGAUUGACUGCCUGUGCCAUGGGUAUUUUUAGCUUCUUUGUGUACUUCAUAAUGAAAGUGCAGAGCUGCCAGACUCUGUUCUGCGGAACUCCUGGUGCCCUAAAUCAACUGCCUGAGAUCGUCGAUGAAGAUGAAGAUGAUAAAGAUGAAGAUAAGACGAAGGUCGAUGAGCAAACUUCGACGGAGGAUAGCAUCUCCACAGGUUCGGAUUUAUCAGUUCAAGGGCGAUCACCAAAGCUUGGUAAACGUGGCCGUUCUAAGAAGUCGCCAAAAGGAAAGCACCGCAAUAAAGAACUAAUUAAUCAUUUUAUGCAAGCUGCCGAUGUGGGACAUUGCCUAUUUAACUAUAACGAUCGCAAGAAAUCUCCUGAACGACAACCCAGGGUCCAGGUGGGAAUCAGAAAGAUCAUUACUAUCUAUGGCAGAAAACAAGGCUAUCUCUACUUCACAGCUACAGAGGCACUCCAAGUGCCAGCCCUAAAUAAGGUGAUGUAUCCACGUCCAAAGGGUGCUAAGAAAAGUCCUCAAACUAAAAAGCUCUGCGAUGCUGGAGUGGAUCUCAACCCCCCAUCCCCGAAUAUUUGAUGUUAAUUAUAUUUUUAAUAUUUCAAAUACUUUUAUAUAUCUACACAUCAUACGUCGAUCAAUGUGAUAUGCAAAGCAUAUCCAUCGACUAGACACAAUGCAAAUUCGUCGUCGUGAAAUCAUUUGUAUCAGCUUUUAGAGAACACUCGCUUCGUUUUAAAUUAUUUGUGUGCAUUUCUUUCGAACUAAGCGUGCUGCUGCCAUAUUGUAUGAAUACAACAAACAUGUUACAAUGAAA